GUGCAUGUAAACAAAACCCGCGGAUAUUUUCAACACAAAUGUACACCCCCGUCCCGUUCAAAAGGAAAAAUGUCUUCGAUUGUGUGUGUGAAUUCACGUUCUUUCACGGUAGUAUCGCGCCAAAAGUUCUCCUCAGUUGAGGCAGCGUUUAGUAGACUCCGGGAAGUGUUGGCCUCAAAGUUUUAUUUGAACAAUCAUUCCAGCAAUUAUUCCAACAGCAGCAUGUCCACAAUCGUCCAGAAACGAGGAGCCUUGAUUGUUUUCGAAGGUUGUGACCGGGCCGGCAAAACGACACAAUGUAAAAGGAUAGUUGAACAGCUGACGAUUGCGGGUCACAAAGCCAAAUUUAUGAACUUUCCGGAUCGAACGACCCAGUGUGGAGCGCUCAUCAAUUCGUAUUUGACUAACAAGGAUAAUUUCACUGAUCAGGGAAUCCACCUGCUGUUUACAUUGAACAGAUGGGAAGCAAAGAAACAGAUGGAACAGUUACUUCUGGGCGGAACCACGCUUAUUGUAGAUAGAUAUUCGUACUCGGGAGUAGCUUUUAGUGCGGCCAAAGGACUGGAUAUUGACUGGUGUAAAGCACCGGAAUCGGGCCUUCUGAAGCCGGAUUUGGUCGUUUUGCUUACGCUCAGCCCUGAAGCGAUGGCCAAGCGAGGAGGUUUUGGUGAUGAGCGAUAUGAGGUACCCGAACUACAGAAAAAGGUGAUGGACAAGUUUAAUCGGUUCAAAGACGAUAGUUACUGGCAAACGAUCGAUGCCGAUAAAACGCCAGAUGAGUUGACAAAGGAACUGUGCGAGGUGGUGCUCACAUCGAUGAAAUCCAGCUCUCAGAAACCAUUGACUAAUUUAUGGUGAUAAUUUUUCGGCACCAAAGAGGAAGUUGCCUUUGUAUGCCGUUUUUGUUCAACCAAUUUGAGUAAGUUAGUAUACAUAUCCAGCGAUAUGUACAAAAAAGUUGUUCUGAAAAAGGUGGAUGGAUAAUGUUCCAUAAUAAGAUAAAGUAACGAAUGUGAUUUGUGUAAAACUAUGUAAUUAAAUAAAGUUUUUGUAAUUUUGCUAAGACAUGAAUAAAGUUAGUUCUAGAACAUG